AUGGUGAUUCUCUCGAAGGCAACUUUUGAUACGCACAACAUCAUCAAACAAAACCGAUCCCGGGAAUAUCGGAAAAGAAAAGAAAAGAAUUCUCAACAAGCCACCACCGCAUCGGCGACAGAAAGUGAAGGAUCAAAUGUUGGUCUGACCGUUGGAUUGAUCGUGGUGUCGUGUGUUUGCAUCAUUGUUCUCAUCGGCCUCAGCGGCGAG